AUGCAUCUAAGCAGCUAUGACGAUGGUGGGGCUAAUUCCAUAGAAGCCUGGAAGGAGCUCCCCGAGGUCGUUCCUUCCUGCAGCAAUGGCACCGUGCUUUUUGGGGAGGUACCUUCCGUCAGCAGCAGGAGCAGCAGGAGCAGCAGCAGCAGCAGUGACAGGAGCAACGUGGACGGGCAACCGGGAAGCUUUGCCCGCACCCAACGACCAUCACCACCCGACAUCACGAUCCUUUGA